AAAGCUCGUGAAUUUUCCGUCGUUGCAAAGUUUCCAUAUCGAACUCUCCCUCUCGCGUCUCGACAGCGACAGAGAAAAACGAGCAAAAACCCAAUCCUCAAUCCCCAAUCCCCAAUCCCCGUCGCUUUCGUUCCUUUCCCCAAGGAGAAGCUUCCGGAGCGAGGAACCCGGAACCAGACGAGACCGACACAAGGUAUAUAAUCGCAUCCGACAUAGAGAGAGAAAAGGAGCAGAAGAAGAAGAAGAAGAGAGAGAGAUGGGGCCUGAUCCGGCGGCGUUGGCGGCGGCGGCGAGGCAAGCGGAGACGCUGAGAAAGGACGGGAACGAGUACUACCGGAAGAAUCGUUUCGGAGCCGCCAUUGAUGCGUACACCGAGGCCAUUACCCUAUGCCCGAACGUGCCCGUAUACUGGACGAAUCGUGCGCUUUGCCAUCGCAAGCGGAAGUAUUAAUUGGCAGAGGGUCGAGGAGGAUAGCCGAAAAGCGCUUCAGCUCGAUCAUGAUUCUGUCAAGGCUCACUACAUGCUGGGACUGGCCUUGCUGCAAAAGCAAAAAUAUGGUGAAGGUGUCAAGGAAUUGGAAAGAGCAUUGGAUCUUGGAAGGGGUGCACAUCCUAGAAGUUAUAUGGUAGAAGAAAUUUGGCAGGAAUUAGCAAAAGCAAAAUAUUUACAGUGGGAGCAGAAAUCUACUAAGCAAUCUUGGGAACUGCAAAGCUUGAAGACAGCUUGUGAGAUGGCUCUUAAUGAGAAAUUUGCACGGGAUGCUGCCAAGAUGGAAGGAUUUUUGGAUGAACUUGCCAAGUCUCAUUCGGAACAGGUAAAUGCUGUGGGACAAGUCUUCCAGAAAGCUGCAGAAGCUGACAUGCCCACUGAAGUGCCAGAUUAUCUGUGUUGUAAAAUUACCCUUGAUAUAUACCGUGAUCCCGUCAUCACACCCAGUGGGAUAACAUAUGAGAGGGCAGUACUUCUUGAACAUUUCAACAAGGUCGGGAAAUUUGAUCCAAUUACGCAUGAGGAACUCAACCCUUCUCAGCUGGUACCAAACUUGGCGAUUAAAGCAGCAGUUCAAGCAUAUCUAGACGGACAUGGUUGGGCAUAUAAGGCGGAUUGAUGACCAAAUUUUAGGACAGGAUAAGAGGUGAGAGGCACUCACAAUGGGAUAGAGCACAGCCAAUUAAUUUUCUAUCCUGGAUGUGUCUCAUUCUGUUGGUGCUGUUACCACAUGCAAAAUGUAAGUCUGUUGUAGUGUUAAUGGCAGGCCUGAAAAUAGGAGUAUUCUCUGAAUUGUACAGAUAGGUAUCUCGAUGCACAUUGCAUUUUAUCAUUGCAUGUACAGCUGCUUGUUCUUGAACCUUUUUUCACAAGCGAUGGUGUCUUCUGUCAUUCAGCUUGUGAAGCAUUUAGACUCAACUUUCAUUCUUUCUUGUCAAACCUCUCAACUCUAUUGAUAGAGCAACAUAAUUUAUAGAUUAUGAUCAAAGUGCCUGCA